AUGCUCACGCUUGGCCGGCACAGAGCACGCCCAUUCUCGGGAAACAAGGUGGGCGUCGGCCGCCACCUCGCCACUGACGUCGCUGCAGGGGAGGUGCUGCCCAAUUCUUUCGCGCCGCUGCACUCUCCUCCGGUCGCCGUCUGGGAGUCCUUCUACCGCCUGGCGCCGUCGACAAGCUCCCCUCUGAAUCCGCAGUGCCGUGUAGUGUUCCGGCGUCCGCUCGUCGUCGUGAAUCCCUGGCCAGAGCACGUCACCGGUGAGCUUCCCAGUAUUAACCUGCGGCACAUCAUAAGGAGAGACAUAAUGAUAUAUCCAGGUUACGUUCCACUACCUGGAGCAAAAUACAAGGUUUUCUAUUAUGGGCUGAGAUUUGGAGUUGGUAAUUGGAGCUUUGACAAGGCUGACUGGAGAAAUGCUGAUGUGGUAAAUACUUGCUGGGCCAAGUUUCCCGACCCACCUGAUCCAGCUACCAUUAUGAAAGAAGAUCUAGAUGCACGUGAGAGGGAUCUACUCAGCAUUGAAUGUGGGAGGGCUUUGAACAAAGCCCUAUACUUGCACCAUGAGCAUAGAAAUUGUCCUCAAUUAGGCACUAUUGAUAGAACCUCUAAGAAAGUUGAGCACCUUUCACCCUCUAACAAAAUCAAGAGAGUUAGACAGGAGUCAUCCAGAGGUAGAAAUGGAGGAAACGAGAAAGACAUGGAUGUGGCAAGAGAGAAAACUAUCGGAAGAGCUGUGUCAACUGUAUCACCUGUACAUAGAUCUAGGAGACUCGCUAGGUCUUCCAGGAUGUGGAUAAUUGUUGUUUGGGUAGUAUUGAUUGUAGUGUUUUUACUAGUAAUCUCCAUGUUUUUCACAGAUCGGAGAAAUAUUUCAAGAUCUAGGGCUUCUAGAAACAUGAAGGCCCUGUUUGACUGCUAUAAGCCUAUAACUAUAGAAUAG